CCCGCGGUCCUCCGGCCGGCGGACCCGUGGGCAGGCACUACUGGAGUUGGACGACCUCCGGCCGGCCCCAGACGAGCGCAGCAAGGAACUGCCCAGCGCGCACUGCAAGCCCCUGGGAUCGCCCCUGUCCGCGAGGGCGGCGCAGGGGUGGCGCAUCUCGGGGACCAGCGCACAGCUGACUGCCCGCGGGUGCCGGGCGCUCAGCAGCUCUCCUCACCCCGGGGAGCUGGAGCGCCGACGAAAUGGUAGCUCGGGUCGGCCUCCUACUGCGCGCCCUGCCGCUACUGCUGUGGGGUGGACUGGACGCCGAGCCCGCGGACCGCGCAGGCCAGGAGCUCCGCAAAGAGGCAGAGGCAUUCCUGGAGAAGUAUGGGUACCUCAAUGAACAUGUCUCCAGAGCUCCCACUUCCACCCAAUUCAGCAAUGCCAUCAGAGAGUUCCAGUGGGUUUCCCAACUUCCCAUCAGUGGCAUGCUCGACCAUGCCACCCUUCGGCAGAUGACACGUCCCCGCUGUGGGGUCACAGAUACUGACAGUCAUGCAACCUGGACAGAGAGGAUGAGUGCGCUGUUUGCAGGACGCCGGGCCAAAAUGAGGCGCAAAAAACGCUUUGCAAAGCAAGGCAACAAAUGGUACAAGCAGCACCUCUCUUACCGCCUGGUGAACUGGCCUGGGAGCCUGCCGGAGCCAGUAGUUCGGGGGGCUGUGCGUGCCGCCUUCCAGUUGUGGAGCAACGUCUCAGCCCUGGAGUUCUGGGAGGCCCCGGCUACCGGCCCUGCUGACAUCCGCCUCACCUUCUUCCAAGGGGACCACAACGAUGGGCUGAACAACGCUUUUGACGGCCCAGGGGGCGCCCUGGCGCACGCCUUCCUGCCCCGACGCGGUGAAGCGCACUUCGACCUGGAUGAGCGCUGGUCUCUGAGCCGCCGCCGCGGGCGCAACCUUUUCGUGGUGUUGGCGCACGAGAUCGGCCACACGCUCGGCCUCACCCACUCGCCGGCGCCACGCGCGCUCAUGGCGCCCUACUACAAGAGGCUGGGCCGCGACGCGCUGCUCAGCUGGGACGACGUGCUGGCGGUGCAAACCCUGUAUGAUGGGGACCAACAAGUGUACAUCUUUAAAGGGAGCUACUUCUGGGAGGUGACACCUGAUGGCAAUGUCUCAGAGCCCCGCCCACUACAGGACAGGUGGGCCGGGCUGCCUCCCAACAUUGAGGCUGCUGCAGUGUCAUUGGAGGAUGGAGACUUCUACUUCUUCAAAGGAAGUCGAUGCUGGAGGUUCCGGGGCUCCAAGUCAGUGUGGGGUUUCUCACUGCUGUGCCGGGCAGGGGGCCUGCCCCGCCAUCCCGAUGCAGCCCUCUUCUUCCCUCCUCUGCACCGCCUCAUCCUCUUCAAGGGUGCCCGCUACUAUGUGCUGGCCCAAGGUGGACUGCAAGUGGAACCCUACUACCCCCGCAGUCUGCAGGACUGGAAGGGUGUCCCUGAGGAGGUCAGCGGUGCCUUGCCAAGGAAAGAUGGCUCUAUCAUCUUCUUCAGAGAUGACCGCUACUGGCACCUGGACCAAACCAAACUUCGAGUGACUGCUUCAGGCCGCUGGGCCACUGAGUUGCCCUGGAUGGGCUGUUGGCAUGCCAACUCGGGAGGCACCCUGUUCUGAAGGCAACUCAUCACCUAAUGAACCCUCGGUGCCUUGAGGGUCCAUUCACAUCCCAGAUGCAGGGACAGAACCUGACCUGGAAGCCCCCGCCUCCCUGCAGAAGACUGAGCCGCAAAAUCUUCAUCAGGAAGUUUGUGUGCUUUUGUUCCUUGGAGAACACUGCUAUUCCCACUACAUGGAGGUGGGGGUGCGAUCAAUCCAAGGGGAAGGAAAAAAAGGGUCCCAGAUCCCACAAUUCUUCCCACCGAGGACCUCUUUCAUUCCCAAGCCUCAGAGAUUUUGAUUCUUCUGCUAAUGGUUCUGUUCUGUCUGCGAGGAGACAGCACUGGGAUCUGACCAGGAGGGAUGCAAAGCUAGACCCCUUCUUCUUAGGGUCUCCUGGCUCAGUUCUUGUAGUGUGUCUUAUUUAUUCAGAUCUCACCCCAGUAAGUUCCGAUGGGGUGAAGGCACAGGGUCUCUAACCUCAGGGGCCCAUUGGGGGUUCAGGAUGUAGAACAAGAGGGAGAUUUGUUAUGGGUUUCCAAGGCUUUUGUCUGGGGCAGGAAUAAACAGUGUCAUCCCCAGCUGGUGGGCCUGCAGGUGGGAAGCAGCA